GUAUAUGGUAUUGUGAUUGCUGUCUAUUUUUUUUAUGGCGCUGACCUUUUUUAUAUUGAUGUUUGUAUCAGAAAACAGCGUGGCUUUCUAUAUUUUACAUGUGUAUACCAGGGGGAUAUGCACUUGGCUAUGUCUAUGGUGGUUUGGUUGGAAGUCAUUUUGGUUGGCGUUAUGCAUUUUGGGUGGAGGCAAUAUUGAUGCUUCCAUUUGCUAUUUUGGGAUUUGUUAUGAAGCCAUUGCAGUUGAAAGGUUUUGUCCCCGCUGAUUCAAAGAAAGUGUCGGCACUGGAGACAGUUACUUUGGGAGUUCAAGAUGCGGAGGCUUCAAACGGAAACAACGAAUCACAUGAACCUUCCAAGUGAGAACACUACCUUUAACCUUGAUUUACAAAGUGG